UGUUAGAUUAAAAAAACCUGGUGCUUUUGAGAUUCCUGGAUAAGACAAAGAGGUUCUGAAUUCUUUUUCCUGUUAUCUGGAAGUUAUCUGCUCUUCUCAGGUCCCCUCACUGAGGCUUUCCUUCCAAAGAUGUUCUGAUUGGCCACUGCUUUAACCCCCCCCCUUUCUUUGCAGGGGGGACCACGGCUGAAGAAUGACCUUCAAAUACUUGUUGCUCUUUCUGCUGUAUUUUGUGCAAGGAAUACCAUAUGGGCUACAGUCUGGACUGCUGCCGAUCUAUUUCCGAACAGUGGGCCUCUCCUUUAGCAAGAUCAGCCUCGUUAAGCUGCUUUAUUUGCCAUGGAUCCUCAAGGUGCUGUGGGCCCCCUUUGUGGACUUGUAUUUCACCAAGAAGACCUGGCUGUUGUUGACCAUGUGGGGCUUGGUCCUGACCUGCCUAGCCGCCUCCUUUAUAACACCGGAAGUGGACUUCUUCUGGGUGGCCAUCAUUCUACUGUUCAUGAACUUAUUUUCUUCCAUCCAGGACAUUGCAGCCGAUGGGAUCGCCAUCCAGCUGUUAGGACAUGAGGAGGUGGGGUUCGGCAAUAGCAUCCAGGUGGUGGCCUACAAGCUGGGCUCUGUACUGGCAGGAGGUGGCCUGCUCACUUUCCUCCAUCAUCUGGGCUGGGGAGCCCUCUUCCUGUACCUGGCUCUGUUGUAUGUUGUGGCCAUCAUACUCACCUCAAAAUUUCACUUGAGAUCCCCUUCCCAGGACAGCCACGCCAAGGACAGGAACUUGAGCCUUUGGCAUCUCCUCCAUGAGCUUGUCCUUGUGCCAGACACUCUGUGGACUGCUGGCUUUGUUUUCAUCUAUAAGUUGGGUGAACAGGGGUCGGUUUCCAUGUUCCCCCUCUUCCUUCUAGAUCACAGCUUCUCUCCCCAGAAGCUUGGCUUCUGGAACGGGAUUGUGGCCAACGUCUUUUCCAUUGCAGGCUCUUCACUGGGGGGCCAUCUGAUGUCAAAAAACAGGAAUUCUAACCCUCUGCAGACCUUGCUGACCCUCCGCUUUUGCAACCUGCUCUUCCAGACCUGGAUGUUAGUCACCUACACAGACAAGGCGGCUGUCUUUGAAGUGGCCGUGAUACUGAGCAUCUGUAUCCAGCACUUCAUUGGGGGGCUCAUCACCACGCUGGCCUUCAGCAAGAUGAUGCUCUGCACUCAGCAGGCAGCAGAGAAGAUCCAGGCCACUCACUACAGCCUUCUUGCUGCCUUGGAGGUCUCGGGCAAGCUGGCCUCCAGCACUGUGGCGGGCAGCCUGGUGGACUGGCUGGGCUUUCUGCAUGCCUUCGGGAUCUUCCUCACCCUCUCCUUGGCCUCCACGCUGUAUACGCUGUAAGCCAGAAUGGGGCAGAGGCCGCCCUGCCAGGAUCAGUCCGGUGCCACUGGCCAAAGAGAGGGAGGCUUCCUGGUUGUUCCUGCCCUCAAGGUGAAGCCCACUGAAGCCGAGGGCGUCUCAUUAAACCAACUGCCUCAC